AUGGGUCAAAUAUCUUCUCAGGGGAGUAAUGCUAUCAUAUAUCUCUCGUACGCCUUUCUUUUGGCUACGGGGAUUUUUAUUGCCUUAAAAUUCAACAAAGCGAACACCUUUUUGUCUUCCAAUGGGACCCAGAGGGGUCUUCCAUUGGCCUUGAACUUUAUUGCGUCAGCUAUGGGAUGUGGUAUAUUGACUACAUACACUCAAAUUGCAAACAUUUCUGGUUUGCAUGGUCUCCUUGUUUACACGAUCACAGGAUCAAUUCCAAUUCUUGGAUUUGCUUUCUUUGGACCAAUCAUUCGUAAAAAGUGCCCAGAUGGGUUCAUUUUCACAGAAUGGGUUAGACAAAGAUUUGGUGUCGUGACUGCCUUGUACUUGUCGUUCUUUACUUGUUUGACUAUGUUUCUUUUCAUGGUCGGAGAAUUAUCGGCCAUCAGAAGUGCAAUUGAAACGUUAACUGGAUUAAAUGCCUUAGGUGCAGUUAUCGUAGAAUGUGUUGUUACUACCAUUUACACCUCAAUUGGUGGGUUCCAUGUCAGUUUUAUUACUGACAAUUUUCAAUCAGUCAUGGUUUUGCUUUUGAUUAUUAUAUGUGCUUCAGGUAUGGGGUCUUAUAUUAACAUUGAUACUAGCAAAAUUGGUGAAUCGGGUUUAUUAAAGGCAAACAAGCUUGGUUGGCAAUUGCUUUAUAUCUUAUUCGUUGCAAUCGUUACCAAUGAUUGCUUUAUGGCAGGAUUCUGGUUGAGAACAUUCGCUUCAAAGACAAACAAAGAUUUGUGGAUUGGUUGUUCUAUUGCUUCUUUCGUAACAUUUGCUAUUUGUACAUUGGUUGGAAUUCCCGGUAUGCUUGCUGUUUGGGCAGGAGAUAUGACCGUAAAUGAUGAAAAUGGAUACUUGGCAUUUUACAUUCUUUUAGCACAAAUGCCAAGAUGGGUCAUUGCCUUUGUAUUGAUCUUCGUCAUUUGCUUAUCGACUUGUACUUUUGAUUCGUUGCAGUCGGCUAUGGUUUCCACCAUAUCUAACGAUGUGUUCCGUAACAAAUUGCCAAUUCUUUAUACUAGAGGCAUGGUUGUCUUAAUCAUGGUACCUAUUGUUGUCUUGGCUGUGAAGGUUGCUGACAACAUUUUACAAAUUUAUUUGAUUGCUGAUUUAGUAUCAGCAGCUAUUAUUCCUAUUGUAUUCUUGGGAUUAAGUGACACCUACUUCUGGUGGCUCACGGGAUUAGAUGUAAUGGUUGGGGGCUUUGGAGCAUUACUCGGGGUUUUCAUUUUUGGUACUGUUUACUAUGGUAGUGCUAGAGAAGGUGGUAAGUUACUUUUGAUCUGGAAUGGAAUUUACGAUCCUGCUGAUUGGGGUGCUUUUGGGGCAUUUGUAAUUGCUCCAUUUGGUGGGAUCUUGAUUGGGUUUGCUAUGGCUGCUCUUAGAAUUGCAAGUAUCUGGGCUUAUUGUAAAUUCAAAGGAACAGAAUUCACUGCUUUAAAUAGGAAAAGAUAUGACGCACCAGAGACGCAAGUUGAAAGCUAUGGUCUGAUAGACGAGAGUGGCAAGAAAAGUGACGACGAGGAGAUUUGA